AUGGGUGGCCUGGCAGCUUUGGAGUCUCGUCAACGUUUGGUUGCUCCGGACAGCCCGCCAGAGCUGGCGAGUCCCGGCGCCUCGUCCCUCUCCUCCCGUUCUUCCCCCUCUACCGAGCAAGCCUGGGGCACGCGCCUCCUCGCCCCUCUCUCCAUGUCCAGCUAUGACAAGGGCGCCGAUGUCGAUCUGUCAGUGGCCGCCGGACCUUCUGUCAUGGGUUCAAAUCGAUCCGAGCUGCCUGGCCAGCCGGCGCCCCGACAGCAGCUGCCUUCGCUCAGCAGCCUUUUUGGUCCUCCGUCGUCGACGCGGCCGCACCCAUCGCCCGCUGAUGGCGACAACAAAACCCCCUCGAUGACCUAUUCGCCUCUGAAUCAGCCACGAGCCUCUCCUUGCGUCGGCACCAGCAAUCUCAAGUCGUACUUUUCCCGCACAGCUUCGCCCCCCCUCUCGCAACCCCGGAGCACGUACGACGUGAGGUUCGACCCGGAACGGCAAAGCCUGCACUCGUUUGCCAGGUCCAUCUCGGGGCCGCAAUCUCCCAACAACCGCACACCUAGCCGUGGCCAGCUGGAUUCUCGAUCCGACACCGAAGCCAACAGAAAGUGGUCGGUCCGUCAAGAUGCCAGCAAGCAGGAGUAUUCCUUCGGCUCUCGCGACGCCGUCUUCCGAUCCCCCGGUUCCCAGACCAGGAGGCAGUUCUUCGGACCAAAGGAUUCCGCCCAUGAGCACCCCGAGCAGAGAUCCGCACACGGUCCCGCCAACCCGCCGCCGAGCAUGGGCAGUGCCUCGGCGGCAACCGAGGGGAUGCCUUCCAAGGACGGCCUGGGCCCGAAGAUCUGGACCGGCUCUCAUUUUCUCCCUCGAUUUGUGCGAGCGGCCGAGGUGCCAGGUGAAGGCUUGUGCUACUUUUACGACGAUGGAAGCCACUGCAAGACCGUCAUCGACGGGGAGGUCGUCAACGCGCACUGGGGUGUUACAAAGGCCGGGAAGCCCCGAAAGAGGCUGGCCAUCGCGUGCGUGACGUGCCGGGAGAAAAAGAUCAAAUGUGAUCCCGACUAUCCGCGAUGUGUUCAGUGCGAGAAGUUUGGUCGCAUCUGCAGAUUCAAGAACGCGUAUGCCACUCCCCGUUCCCUGCUAACCCCUCGAAAAACCAGUCGUGGUUUGCUAAAGUUGUUUCAUAGGCCCAGGGGCGGACAUUACAUCUCGCCGUCGUCGUCCCAUGCCGAGCUGCUCGACGUCGCCAAAUCCGAUGGCCACCUGGUGCAGCACGAGUCGAGGACGGACAGUCGAUCGAGCUCCCCUGUAUCUCCUCGGGCUCGCCCGCUUCAGGAACCGCAGGAUGAGGGCUACGUCAAGCGGCUCAAAGUCGGCCCUGGCGCAUAUAUUCCCAACGGCGAACCCGUCGUCGGAGUGUUGCAGCCGGUGAUGGAUCAUUCGAAAUCCCAGCCUCGACACCGGCCUCUACCCGAGAUUUUGCCCCGAAUCCCCGACGAUGUUCUGGCUCGUGCGUGGAAAACAGAUCCGUACGGAUCCGACCCGGAAUCCAUCGGUGCAGUUCUCACCCAGUUUUUUGGACAAAUCGACAACACCAUCGUCAUGCGCUUCUUCCCCGAGAAGAUUUUCCGAGCUUGGGCGGCCGACAGUGUGCGUGAAAAGUCGCCCGAAGAUUUGAUGGUUCUCUACAGCGUGCUGGCCAUCGGCGUUGCCCUCUCGGGAGGGCCGAGGCACAUCGCGUACGAGUAUGCCCAGGUGGCCUACUACGCACAAAAGAUGAUCGGGACGACCAGCCUCCAGCUGGUGCAGAGCCGAAUUCUUCUCGCCGUGUACCACAUCUCUACUUAUCGUCUCCGGGAGGCCAGCGAGCUCAUCUCCUCGGCCGCCGCCGCCGCCGCCCUUCUGCACCUCAACCACGAGACCGAAAGGUCGAGCGACGAGAGACCCUCGACCUAUCUCUUCGGCACAAACAACGCUGGCUACUGCGAGGCCAGGAGACGGACGAUGUGGUCGCUGUUCAUGCUGGAGCGACUCAAUACCGUGCUUCCGGACCGUCCAAUCAUGAUCAAUGCGGAUGACAUUUACGUCCGUCUGCCGGCCGACUCGGAGAGCUUUGAGAAGCAGGUUGAGGCUGCCAUGCCGAUAUUUGACCCGGACGAAUCGACAGCGUCUAAACUGACGGAGAAUUCGUCGGAAAUAACCGGCUACCUCGUUGAAAUGGUUCACGUCUGGUCCACCUGCCAGACUGCAAUCUCGAGACUUGCCAGAAGGUCCAGCGCAUCGGAGGGAGAUGCAGCCAAGGCCCAGAAGAUUUUCCGAAGAGCCCACGACUGGCACAAGUCUCUACCGUCUCGCCUGACGUUUGGAAGCUCCAACCUCGAAUCGGCUGCCUUCUCCGGCAAGGUAGGGGCCUUCAUGACGAUGCACCUCCUGUAUCACCACACCAUGAUCCUCAUGAACCGGCAUCACCUUCAGGCAACUCUUCUUCCCACCGAGGUGCGAGCGAGGCACCUCCAGCAGUGCCGCGAUCACGCCAUGAGCGUCCUCGACAUGGCCAAUUGCCUGGACCGUAUUCUUCGUGUCCGGCCGACGAUAUUGAGCACGCCUCCUCCUGCCAUGUCCGUUGCCAUUGUCACGGCCGUCGACGUGCUGACGGCUAGCGGAACCAUGUCCUCGAUUAACGAGCUGACACAGAGCAUCCGCGUGGCCAAGAACGCUGUCGACGGCAUGACCAAGGUCUGGGAGCACUCGAUUGCGGCAAAAGAGGCUCUUGAGGGACGCCUGCAGCUGCUGAUCCACAUCUAUCACAGCCAAGGAUCGCGACCGGCGAGUCCCGCGGAGGGCUACCGCGUUGUCAUCAGUGCAGAGGGAACCAACGAUCCGAGACACCUCCGCUGGAAGAUUCCCGAUCCGAUUGAGAAAUCGUACCCGUUAACGAUGGAUAUUGUUUAUGCCCCAUUUUCUUGA